AGCUGUACGCGAGGUUACGUGUUUCAGCUGCUUUCCUGACUCUCAGGCACGACCACCAGGAGGUCAGAAUACAUCCGAGAAGCAAGAUGAGCGCAUUUCCUCUCCGUCCUCCGUGCCCUCGAAGCACCUGCUGCACCUUACUGAGCCUGAGCCACCAUGAGACCAGGCGUUGCUGGCCCUGAGGGCUUGCAAACAUCCACUAGGAUAUUGUGAAGACUUCCUGGCUGUGCUUCAGCAGUGGGUGACUGAAUAUAGUCUUCUCUGCAUCACGGCAGCAGUAGUAAUGUGAAGCCUAAUGAGCACCUGCAAAGCCGUGUAGCAGGUACCUUACUGCCACUGGUUUCGGAGGAGAGUUUGAUUCUUAAAGGCCUCUGGGGAUUAAGCAUCCAAAUAGCUUGGGACUGUUGGAAAUGUGAGGGAAAAUACUUGAAUUUCAGCAGCACAGACAUUUCUGCACUGCAGAUUGCAAGUCAUUCAUGGGAAGGAACUGCCAUGCCUGUGGGAAUCUUCCGGGUGUGCCUACUGGUGAUUACAGCUAUCGUCAACCACCCGCUCUUCUUCCCUAAGGAGAAUGGCACUGUCCCCGAGAACAUGGAAGAAAUCAUCCAGAAGAUGAAGGAGCGGGAGGAGAGCCUUUGGCUGGAACAGUUGCGCUUGGAGCAGGAGAUUGCAGACCAGGAAGCCACACAGAAGGCUCUGGAAAAGGCUGCAUUGGUAGUGGAGGAAACCAAAGAGGAAAAGGUCCGAUGGGAUAUGUGGACUGCCCUUUCCCUGGUCAUCUUCCUGCUGAUCGAGCUCUGGAGGCAGGAUUUCCAGGAAGGGAGUUGGCAGGACAUAGGAGGAGAAGAGGAUGACAUGGCUGUCCUGGGGAAAGCAUUUAAAGGAGUAGCCUUCCCUAACAAGGCUGUCUUGGCCAGCUUUUAUGAGAGGCGCAUCCUGGGCACCACCGGAGACAUGGCCAGGAUGCGGGAGAUGGUGGAAGGCUUUGCAGAUGACCUGCUGGAGGCCUUGAGGAGUGUUUGUAACCGGGAUGCUGACAUGGAAGUGGAGGAUUGCAUGGGUGUGGGGAGCAUGUAUGAGAACUGGAGAGUGCGUAAACCUUUCGUCUGUGAUCUGAUAGUGCCUUUUGCCCCCCCGGAGCCAUACUGCUUUCGCUGCCAGACCUGGUGCUCUGGGGACUCUUUUCCCCCAGAUGAACAAGGUUAUGGCACUAUCAAGGUGUGCAGGGCAGAUGAGGAUGUGACAGGUUGCAUCUGUGACAAGACUAAACUAGGGGAAGAUAUGCUAUGCCUCCUCCAUAGCCAAGUCAGUACUACCAGGCCCAGCAGUGAGAUGGAAGACCUCCUGUGCUUCAAAAAUACUCAAUAUCUGGAUGCCGACCAAGUCAUGAAGUGGUUCCAGAUUGCUGUCACCAAGGCCUGGAACAGAAUCUCCCACAAGUAUGAAUUUGACCUUUCCUUCAGCCUCCUGGACUCGCCAGGAGCCCUGAAGAUAAAAUUUAAAUCAGGGAAAUCGAUUGCCUUCAACCUCACCCCUGUGGUGCAGUAUGAAAACUCCGAUGUUUACUUCAUCUCCCAUUUCCCUCGGAGCAGCCUGGCAGCAGAUGUCCCCUCCAGCACUCACUGGUUUCUCACCUUCGCAGUCUAUGAGAGGAGGUUCAUCCAUCUGGUCUCCAAAACACUGCCUGCCAAUGCCUGCCAUGUCAGCUGCCUGCAGAUCCUCUCCUUCCUCCACGGGAAGCAGUGCAGCCUCACAGGUCCAAGCGGGCUCACCAACUACCACCUGAAGACAGUGAUGCUGCAUCUUCUGCAGGCACGUCCCAGUCAGGACUGGGCCCCAGAGAAGUUGGAGGCUCGUCUACAGGACAUGCUGAAAUUCCUGGAGAAAUGUUUGCAUGAAAAGAAGCUCUACCACUUCUUCAUUGGCAAUGGGAAGGUACCAGCAGAGCUGGGUUUCCCAGUCGUAUUUCAGAGGGCUGAGCCUCUCAACCUUUUCCGUCCCUUUGUGCUACGCAGGGACGUUUACAGGAAGACAGUGGACACGUUCCACGAGAUGCUCAGGAACAUGUCUGCACUAAUAAAUGAGUACACAGUGCACAUUCCCCUUGCACACACCAAUGGGAUCCGUAAGGAAUCCCUUUAACCAAAGCCAAACUCUAAGCACAAGUCCAGAGGGCAACUUUCUGAAGCCUCCUCGAGACAAUUGACUUUGCCAGUACAGCUUCUUGUCUGCAGCUGAACCAGUCCUGGGCCAUGGUUCCUGCAGGGAGGGAGAGGCAAGGUGAGGAGGGUAGGUAGAAACUGGAAGAUGUGGUAUUGAAGUAGGUUUCUGCUCCACUGCUGUGCUGGCUCAGUUUUUUGCAGCUAAGAAUAUAUUUUUCUAUUGUGCCUCAGUCAUGCUGCAGUGGUGGUUGAGGAACAAAUACAACUAAUUUAUUCAGAUACCUGCAAUGCAAACAGUGGUGGUGGGUGAUGGUGGCCAAAUACUUCAUUUCCUUUGGAAGAGGGAGAUAAGGGUGGAGGAAUCAGAGACAGGAUCUCGGGGUCAAAGGAGUCUGUCUGCUCACAGACAAGAGGAGCUCUGCCACUGACCAAGGGAAGCGCAACAUAAGACUCCAUGCUUGUGUGGAGAGGAGGAGGGUCAUGCACAACAUCUGGACUGGUUGGAGAUCCCUAAAUCAACCACAACUUCAAAGGGACUUGCAGCGGUAGUUUAAACGGCUUGUCCUGUCCUUCAAAAACACCCUGCAUGCUGCACAUUUCAUCUCCAGUGGAAGGAUGUAACAGGGUGCAGGGUCUGUGUCUUCAGACCAUUUCAUUCGAGUCUUCCAUGGUAACAUAGCUACUGGUUUAUAUUCCUGGCCAUUUUCUAUGGACAAAUGGACAGGAAUCUUUUUUACCUUAGAUAAAAGAAACAUCACUAUUGAGUUCUGACAUUUUGGUUUAUUUGUUUGUUUUCCUUACUUUGGUGCAGUAAGGCUGAGAACAGCCAAGAAAGGAAAAUGGAGGUUGAACUACAGGAUCUUUUGAGGUCCCUUCCUACCCAAACUAUUCUAAUUCUAUAACUGCUAUAGAUUUUGCUUUCAUAAAAGAAGCAGUUCUCCAAAAUUAUCCUGUAAUGAAGCCAGUCUCAGCAGUCUGGUAGCAGGAGUGAACAACCACCCUCCAAAUGAGAGGGCAUCUCCCCGCAUGGUUUUAAUGAGGCCAAGGCCAGCAGGAUCACUCUGAGUCAGGAGGAGGAGAAGGAAGGGAUAAAAAAGGUGCACGUGUAGUAGAGCUUGGCAGUGCUGUCUCUGCAACUCCCUUGUGAUCAGUGUUAUAUGCCUUCUGCUCCACAUACACAGGCAAAAGCUCCCUUAUAGGGUCUCCUCAAUCUUUUUAAAGACUGCUGCUCUGAUGAGGCUCUGAGGAGCUGCUGCUUGCAGACUGUAAUUUGCUGAGCUGAGAGUGUGAAGGAUUAGUGAGCUGCUGCAGGCUUUCAAGCCAGGGGAGCGUCUUGUGGCACAUGCUAAAAAAAACCCAAACAAUGCAGAAAUGGAGAUGACUGAAAUCCCUCAGGAAUCAGCAUGUUUGCUGUGCCAGUGGGCUGCCCAGCCCCAGCAAGGUGGCUUUGCUAGAGGAGAGGGCUCAGGAGACCCUCACCCUUUUCAGUGUGCUUUGUGCAGGGUCCAAGCCAGGGCCUCAGUGCAGAUUUGCUUUGUGCUGGUCACAGAAGCCUGGGUUCCAGUGCUAAGGGGCCUUUGCUAUCAUUUUCUUACACUAGAAUUUCCUGCAAAGUUUUACACUAGGGCUUCUCUGAAUCCUGUUUACAAGAGGGUAGUUUUUCUGUGAGGUGAGACCCAUCAGGGAUGAUCUUACCACAUUCCAUUGGUCCCUUUUUAUCGGUCCUCUCUUAUCAUAUCAGAUACAAGAUUUAAUCCUGUAUCACUACUGGGGACAGCAUACAGCAUGAGGCUUAUUAUCCAGCCUGUUGAUAAGCAAACUCUCCAUAGUCAUGCCCUCUCCUCCCUUUUCCUGCUAAAAACCAUUUCACCGCUUCAUUGAUGUUUGCUCUUCUCUGUCCCACCACCAGUGAUGGACACUUUACGCACAAAGGCAGAGAAAGCUUUUCCUGUCUCCACACCUGGUUUGUAAGAAAACACAGGUGGGGACAGGGAACUCUUUGCUCAAAUGGCUGCCUCUCUUGGCUUUUAUUAUGACGGCUAUUGGGUAGUUAAGUGAUACCUCUGAGCAGAAAGUAAGGGGUAGGUAGGAAGUAAAAUGGGAGAGGAGAGUCUGGUGAGUAGUGCCAAUAGGAAAGAGUCUUGGAUCAUCAGUGCUUGCUUCAGAACCUUGGAGAUGAGUGCCUGGGAUGGGAGACUGCCAGGGCUGGCAGAGAGGGCUGGACUAAUUGCUAACGCUAACGAGUGCUGUAAGCCCCUGGCUUUCACUAGUACAGCCAAGCAAGCCUUCCCCAGUUGGAAAGAGAGCAGGAGCAGUCUCAGGGGACACGACAAGCAGGUAGUGACAAGCAGAGGUACAGGGAGGGUGGGUCCUAAUACUGCAGCCUGGAGGCUGCAUAGGAAGCUGUGUAAGUUGUUGCAAAUCCAAGCAAUUUGCCAUUUUUACCUGCCCAGGUUUACUGCACAGUGCCUGUAGCAGAUCCAGCUUUGCAUGGGCUGGUGGCAGGCAGGUCACGCUGAAGAAGUUGUGGUUGGAGUUGGUUCUAAAUGUGUUCCUAGCCCAGCCAGAGAGAAAUAAAAAUUUCUCUGCCGUUUCCUGUCAGGAGUCUAAAUUUAGACUGUCCAAAGAACAGAAACAAAUUUGUGACACAGGUCUCUCAGGAAAUGACAUUCAGGGUUGAAAAAUAACUUUUAUAUAAGGUUGAGCAGGGGGAGCAUGAGAAGAAAAGGCUGUUGAACAGAAUAAGGUAACUCCCCUAUUAAAAUGUCAGAACAAAGCUUUGCAAUGCCAGUCCUACGGGCCUGUAAACGAGCCCAAACUCGUCUUUACACAGCUCCAAGCACUGCUGCUCAGACUCAAAGGGAACCUAAACUGAUAAGUGGAUUAAGUCUUUUGUUCUUUGUUUUCUGUACUUGUGUGCCUGUUCUCUCUUAAGCCCAAACUGACCCCGAAGUGUUCUCAUGGGGUUUAGUUGAAACCAAGCUGGAGCUGAACCAAUGAAUUUAUGGAUUUGAUUCCACUGAAAGAAAUUGCUUGGCUUAAUUUUCCUACAUACAAUAUGCUCAUUUUGCCCUGAGCACCUUUUAAGAGGUCUGUUCUGUGCAUUUAGGCUGUAAGGAAACCCACGCAUACCUGUCUGGGGGGAAGAAGUGGUUUGUGAUUAUAAGCUGUGCUCCAGUGAGCCUCAGGGCAGAGAUCUUCCUUGUCAGCCAUAUACCAGAGGUAUAGAAGUGUCCUAUCAGAGGAGAUGUGGGUACACAGCGUUUCUUUGGACCAGACCUCUGCAGUGGUACAAGGAGGUCAUGAUGUGAAGCACAUCAUUCCUUGGACUUCCUUGUCUGUCCUGUAUUAAAUCUUUGCCCAACAAGUACUAGCCCUAUCAGUAAAAGCCCACACUCACAUUUCACAAAAAAGGUUUAUAAAACAGUUCAGCUCCAUCAGCUGUCAGGCAGUAAAAAUGCCCUAAAACAUUUUAGUGUUGCCCAUGUGUAGUUCUGCCUUGACUGAAAUCUGGGUGGGCAUUCAUAGGAAGCAGCUUUAAAGGAUGGAGGUAGAAAUGAGAGUUUGUGGUUUAAAGUGGAAAAUGUUCUUUUAAAACCAAACUGCGUAUGACAUAAACACAACAUGUCUUUGGCAAUGCCUGCAUCUCUGUAAGACAUUCUAGGGAAGGGUAAAUGGCCUGUCCUGCACCCCUUCCUUGUGUCUCAGUACUGUUCUUGCUAUUUGCUAACUGGGUGAAUUCAAUAGAUGAACUCCUAGUGCCUUCUGCUGCUUUCCAACCACUCCCUCCACCCUCAACUUGUGGUUUUAAUAUUUUAUUAUAGGCUCUGUCAAAGCAAUGGAAUUAGUGGUGGCUUGAUAGCAGCCACUGAUCUACAGCCUAGCCUCAGGAGCCAUUUGCCUUUAGGAAAUGUCUUGGUCUAAGGUUAUUGCUGUUCAGGAGCUGAAUGUCUUCUAAGGGGAGCUGUUGUGUGUUCACUCUUUACUAUGUGGCAGCCACAGAAUACAGCUUCUCUCUCUCCAAGUUGCUCUAUAUACAGGUCUUAGAGGGGUAUAAAGAUGUAUUUUAGCAAAAGGAUCCAAAAGUUUAUCCAGUAUUCAAGCAGCAGGAUUUGGUGCUUGUUCACCAGACAUUUUUAAUGCAAAGCCUUUGCAAUGUUUUCUCUGUGGUGAAGAAAUAAGACUUUAUGCACCUGUAGCAACUUUGCUGCUGACCAUUGAGGGGUUGGCUCUCAUAAGAGCCUGCCGAGUAAACAGCUUUAUUUAUUACUUGUCUUUUUUUAGGAUUGGGGGUCUGUGUGUAAUACAUUAGCUCAGAAGCAAAACUGUAGUCUGGCAAUGCAGCUGAGAUGGGCAGUAACACCAGAACUCUCCAAAUUAAGGUCUUCCUUGAUUGACAAUGCUGUACUUAAACUGCUGCUUUUAUAGCAGGACACUGUUGAAUUUGUAUAGAUCUUCUCAUGCAGCUUUAUUUAUAAUAAAGUCUUGUACAAAAUCUAAA